AAUAAGAGCAGGGGGCGGAGCGCGCGCAGAUAGUAGAAGCCGGCCGGUCCCGGGGUGAGUGACAGCGAGUGUGUAGUUCAGUCGGUGCGUGUGCGGCUGUGAGGGGAGUCGCUAGCGGUCAACAUGUCAUCCAAUCAGGAAUCCGUUCUUCCUAGCUUUGAGACUGAUAACAGCCAGACAUCAAAACUGAUCAGAAAAUCUAAAGAGUCACCAUUUGUACCAGUUGGGAUAGCUGGUUUGAUUGCAGUUGUAGGCUAUGGACUGUACAAACUGAAGCACAGAGGCAAUACAAAAAUGUCUGUUCACCUGAUUCACAUGCGCGUGGCAGCCCAGGGCUUUGUUGUUGGAGCAAUGACAUGUGGUGUGCUCUACUCAAUGUAUCGGGAAUACCUGGCAAAACCCAAGGAGUAAAAAAAAAUAAAUAUAACUGAAAUCUGUGCGUGGUGGUGGUGGUCUAUAUCUUAGUUAUAGACCUCAUAUUGAGGUGUCUUUUUAAUUAAAGAAAGAAGAGUGGGAAAUAAAAAUUCAAGGAUGUACAGUAUUGUAGAACCACAUGUCUUGUGCCUGGUAUUGAACCUUUUAGGUUGCCAGUCUGGAUCUAGCACAAGGUGGUGGUGACAAAGCUACCACAAUCUGCCGGCUCUCUUAGACUGAGACUACCAUACCCACUAGGAACUUGUGUAUUUUACAGCACAGUGCCUCUCUUCCCUUUCCCACCCAAUCUCCCUACACACAACUGGUAAUUUAUGGCAUUCUUGACCAGAAGUCCAAGGAUUGUAAAUAGGUCUGGGACCCAAACACCCUUCUUACAUUGGAGUGGUGGUCUCGCCAGCUCAUGGCUGAACCACCUAAAAGAGUCUGCAUGGAGAAGGUUGUACUCCUACCUAUGUUGUCUCUGUCCUGUAGAUAAAGGGACUUCAGUCUUUUAAGGCUAUAAUCCAGCACUUUCACUAGCACUAAACUCACUCAAAAUAAUUCUUAAACUUACAUAGAACAAAAUGGUUUUAAAACUAAAAAUAGGUAUUGUUUAAUUUGAAGCAUGAGCUGAGCAUUCACUAGUGGAUAAAACUAUUUAAAUAUAUUUAUUACACAAUACUAAUAACAGAGGCCCAGAAGCCCUAUUUUUAAUAGAUUAUGGAUUGCAGCUUCUCAGAUUGAGUUUAGUAACUGCUUAUUUAUCUUUGCAGUAUUAGGCGUGUGAUGUAACAUUUUAAAAUUACAUUUUGAAAACUAAAUCUGUAUUUGAAGUGAUGCAUUUUAAGUAUGUAAUUAGAAUGCCUGAUUUAAUUUGUGUGAUAUUGCUGUUUCGAUGGAAGCUCUAAACUUCUUAGACCUUUGCCUUUAUUAUCCUUGGUGUGAAAUCAUAUGGAGUGUUCUUCCAUUAGUGAUUUAUGGUAACUUCAUUAAAAUCUGGCCUCAACGCCAAAUGUGUUGAUCAAGUGAAGCACAAAUCUGUAAACUUCCACUUUCUCAAACUUGCUGGCAUUCCAUGGAGAUAGCCUGGUGUCUAAGAGUGUUUGUAAUAAAUACAUUAAGCAACUCC